AGCCAAAAAAAAAUCUCUAUCUAUCUACCUCAUUAUGGCUGCUUUCAGCUAAGAUGCUCUAUCCUGGAUGUGAGUUUUUGUUCCCUCAGGCUCCMAGGAUGUUUGCCCAGAGCUCCUGGAACUCUGCAAGCCCUGUGCUGCUGCUGCUGCUGGGCUGUGUCCUGUGUCCCGCAGCACAGUCCAGCAAGAGCUCUGAGGACAUUCGCUGCAAGUGCAUCUGCCCUCCAUACCGCAACAUCAGCGGCCACAUCUACAACAAGAAUGUGUCACAGAAAGACUGCAACUGCCUGCACGUGGUGGAGCCCAUGCCAGUGCCCGGCAAUGAUGUGGAGGCCUAUUGCCUGCUCUGCGAAUGCAAGUAUGAGGAGCGCAGCACCACCACCAUCAAGGUGAUCAUCAUCAUCUACCUCUCGGUGGUGGGGGCUCUGCUGCUGUACAUGGCGUUCCUGGUGCUCGUGGACCCCCUGAUCCGGAAGCCAGACCCCUACACCCAGCCCCUGCACAACGAGGAGGACAGCGAGGACACUCGCUCUCUGGCUGCAGUGCCCGCCCCAGCUGGUGCCAGGGCCAACACGGUGCUGGAGCGGGUGGAGGGGGCGCAGCAGCGCUGGAAGCGGCAAGUGCAGGAGCAGAGGAAGACGGUGUUUGACCGGCACAAGAUGCUGAGCUAGGCCCCACUGGGCUCUGCCGCGCCAGGACACCCCGGUGUUGGAAUGGAAUAUCCAACCUCCCUGAUCCACUGUCUCCAGAGGGAGCAGCAGUCCCCAGGGUUCCUCUGGACCUGUCCCCUGCCCUUCCCCUGCCCUUCCCCACUGGCCCCUGGACUGUGGCACGCAGAGCUCGGCCUGACAUGGGGCUCCAUCAGCCCACCCCCAGCACAAGCAGGGGCUAGGAACAGAGUAAUGGGAGCUGGCUGAGUGUUCCUGAGAUAGAAAUAGUGGGAGAAAUUUGAUGUGGGAUAAAUUAUGUGAUGUUCCUUCACGAUGCAGCAGCCACCUCCUCCUCUGCCAGUGUGCACUCGUGUUCCUUCAGCAUUGUGGUGGUGAGCCACAUGUGCAGCACAGGAACAAAGGGAAGGGGGUUCCGGCCAGUGUGCCCUGCUGCUUCCACUUACUCUGGUGUAAAUGGAGAGAUUUCCACACUUCUGGUCUGUCCAGGUUUACACCAGCAUAACUGAGAUUGCAGCUUGUUUCUGUGCAGGUGAAUGUCAUAAAACGUAUUGCUACCUGCACCAGUAAGAGUCCAAUAGGUAAAAGGCUGAUUUACAUUUCUGUCUUUUCAUGCUUUAGCAGUGGAUAAAAACCUCCUGGGGAGAAACCUUUCCAUUUGUACCCACACUAGUGACCCUUGGUGCUCUCCCAGAGUGAGCAGCAGCAUUUGUGUCCAAGAGAACUGGGGCAGAGGCACUCCUGGAGCACUGGAAACAUCUGUCUGAGUCCUGGGAAGUGGACAUUUUUACUACUCAGAACACUCCAAGGGCUCUAACCGGUCUUGGGCUGUGUGGAAGGAGCUGGAGUGGUUCUGCCAUGUGUACAUUGAUCCCACUGAGAACAUCUGGAAUGUCAGGGUGGUGCUGGAGUUUAUGGUGUAGCACCUCUGUAUUAAAUGGAGAAAAAGAUCUACUACCUGGAUGUAUUUUCAUUUUUCAGGGAAAAAUCCCAUUAUGCCAGGUCUGGGACUAUCCAGCUGCCUCCCAGUGCCCUCCCAGUGAGCUGAUGCCACCUCAAGCCAGAGCUGUAGUUGUGGCACUGCAGGAGUGUCCCUGGCACUGCUCCCUGCUGACAGUGACUGUCCUGCUCCAGGAUAGCCAGGCUUGGAAUAUGGGCACACCAGAAUCCUGCUUGGCACAAGUUACUACUUCCCUGGGCUGUCCUCUGGGAAGGCUGAGCAGACUGGAAUUACUCCUUUGCAGGAAGCUGAGAAAUUGUUGCUAAAAGCCUAACKGAGAGGUGCCAGUCACUGCCCUGUGUUCUGGGGCCAACAGCUGCUGGUGGAGCAUCCAGCCCUCUAAGAUGACCCUGCCAGACAAACCCAAUCAGCAGCUUUGGGGGCCUGUGUGUACCUCAGUUACCCUUAAGUACCUCACUUGGGCUAAAAACGACUCAGAGCUUCACAUUAUACUGAGGUCACCUUUUCCUUGACCCAUCCGUGUUCCCUGGUACUCAAUUCUGGGCCUUUCUCCCCCCCAUCUCGCCUGUCCUCCCCUCUCGCUGUGAACCCUGCACGGAAACAAGGUGUGGUCCAUGGGAAGUGAUUUUUCCCCCUCGAGGGCGGGAACAAGCAGCGCUGGUGGGAGGCGCUGCCGAGGCCGGGUCGAUGGAUCCAUCUGGUGGCCACUGCCCCCGAUCGGCACCGGGACAUGGGCGGGUACUCCUGCUGCCGCAAACCUGCUGAGCCUGCGGGGUGAGGGUUUUGGUGAACAGCACCCCCAGACCAUCCCCUGACCCCUCCAGGAACAGCUAGGAAAUGGAUAGGAGAGGAGGGAAAAAUACAGUCAGAAAUCAAGAGUUUUGGAAAAAGUUAGAAAGCUUACAGAAGGGAAGGUGUGGAGAGGCUGCAAAAAUGCCACUGCCUGAUUAAUUAUUUGGUUUGUUGAUUAGCUGAUCAGCUUUGUCCUAUACAUCAUCUUCCCCGAGAGGAAAUGUUUUCUACUGCCCAGCCUGGAAUUCCCAAGCCUGUUCCCCUUCCCAUGCCCCCUCCAUUGCUCACCGGGGCAUCCCACAGCAGGCACAUCCUGAUGGGCCCUGCUCCUGGACCCACAGCAGUGG